CAACGUCGGCAAGACAUGGAGGAUUAAUUACAACAGCAAACCAUUCAACUCGACAAUUUCUACCUGAAUCACAUUCUUGUUUUGGUCUUUCAAAAUGGCAUGAUGAAGGGGAUAGUUCAACAGAAGAUAUCUAUGCUGAUUCUGCUGUGGGCUCAGAUUAUAGUGAACCACCAGCACAUUUAACAUUUCAUUCAAGUAAAGCAGUUUCGUGUGAUUCAGCGAUCUCGGGAACAUCCUCUCACAAGCAAUAUUCAUCAUCUAACUCAGAACAAAAUACCACAACGUCUCCAACGUCGUCUUCUCUGCUAAUUUCUCCUACCAAGCAGCAUUUUGCAAAUCUUUCUCAAAUUGAUGAAUCAUCAGAGCAAAUACCAAGCACCGACCAAUCUCUUUCAAGUUCCUCUAAUCAAUAUCCGACUAUCAAUUGGAAGCAAUUACGUGAAAAACAGCAUGGUCAAAGUUUAGAUAAAGCCAAAACAUUUGUGACAAGCACAUUGCCAAGAAAACCUAUUGCUCUCCACGCGACGAAACCAAUCAAUUUAAACACAUCAUCACCUAUCUCAUUGUUAAACUAUCAUAAACAUCAACCGAAUUUUCGUAAGCGUAUUGAACAAUUUAGUACGACAGCAAACAAUCGUCCGUCUCGGCCACGAGCUGUUACAACUGAUCUCUCUCAAGCAUUACAAGCAUCGACGACAAUGACAAAUAGCUCGCUGACCACGGUUUCAGCAAUGUCAGCUCGCACACCUUCAGACACGGAAUCAUUUACAUAUCCUAAUGUAUCUGAACUACGUAAAAAUUUCGAGCAACAAACUAAGAAAACGAUUCCAAAAUCAAUUGAACUAACUACGAUUAGUUCAACAACUCCACCGCCUGAAUCGCCUUCAUCGUAUGCCCCGUCAAUCAUAUCUACCAGUGGCUCUCGUUCACCUUCGUCCUCGUCUUCAUCGUCUUCUUCAGUAUGUAAAAGUCGAUGUUCAUCAUCUUCAAGUCGGUCAUCGAAUGAAAUACGAACGCCAUCCAUAUCUCCCACGAGUUCACCUCGGCCGAGUUAUACAAUAUCGCGUUUAAAUGCGGCAUCGAUGACCAACGAAGAUGUCUUCUUUCCAAUUGCUGAUUGCAAUCUAGUUAUUAAACAUAAAGUAACAAAUGGACCGAAGAAAAUAGGUCAUGGUAGUCGACGUCCAUCAUCUCCACAUCCACAUGCACAUUCAGACAAUUCAAACCAAUUAUCGAAUUCCAUGUAUUCGAUAUCAAGUGGUUAUACCGAAGAAGCUCAUCUAUCAGGUGUAUGUAACGAGAAUGAGCUUAUGGGCGGAAGUACAGACGAUGCAGUCUAUGUAUAA